AAGGAAUAGCCCAUCUUUUAAUUUUUUUUUUUUUUUUUUUUUUUAAUUAUCAGUACUGGGGAUUGAACCCCUGGGUCCAUUACCAUUCAGCUAUAUCCCCAGUCCUGUAUUUUUAUUUUGAGACAGGGUCUGAGUUGCCCAGAUUGGCCUUGAAUUUUCGAUCCUGAUCCUCCUCCUUCCACUUCCCAAGUAAUGGAUUACAGCAUCCCCAGUCGGCUCGGCGCGCGGCCGGAUUCCAGGCGUCAUGGCUCCUCGCGGGAGGAAGCGGAAGGCCGAGGCCGCUGCGGUCUCCACGUCGGAGAAGCGGGAGAAACUGGAGAACGGCAAGGAACAAGUAGAGGAGGCGGUCGUCAUUGAGCAUUGCACUAGCUGACGCGUCUACGGGCGCAACGCCGCGGCCCUGAGCCAGGCGCUGCGCCUGGAGGCUCCGGAGCUUCCCGUGAAAGUAAAUCCUUCCAAGCCCCGGAGGGGCAGCUUCGAGGUGACCCUGCUGCGCCAGGACGGCAGCAGUGCCGAGCUCUGGACCGGGAUUAAGAAGGGACCCCCACGCAAACUCAAAUUCCCCGAACCUCAAGAAGUGGUGGAAGAGUUGAAGAAGUACCUUUCGUAGGCGAUUUGGGCAGAAGUCCUCAUGCUGAGCUGUCUCUGGUGGUGUUGGAGCAUUUAUGAUGGGACAUGGCUAAACUUCAGUCAUGUACCUGAAGCCAUUUCUUCCACUCCAGAAAUGAUACAGAUGAGGCAACCCUCUAGUAAGGCAUUGUAAAAAUAUUUGAAUUUGGUUUGUUUAAUAAAAGGUUAAAUAAAGUA